AUGGCUGAAGUUCUCACGCUACUUUCUGCAAUUCAAGCCACCACUCAGCUCCUAGAGCAGGCAUUCCGCGUCCUUGGUCGCCUUCAGAAAGCACAUCAGCGUCAAAAAGGACUUCUAGAAGUCCUGAAUCGGCAUGAGACUGAGCUCAAGAGCGUCAAGACAAUCAUCGGUAUCCUCGACGAUGAGGAGGAGUUACACACUGCCACUGUUACCGAGGAGAUACUCCGUCUCCAAGACGUUCAGAGUAAAUUAAGCAAGUUACUCGAUGAUCUCGAUCCAAAACCGAAGAGCAAAGUCGUCCAAUUUGCGCGACAACUUACACAAGGCUCUUCAGAUGAGAAGAAACUGUGUAGCCUCAUGAAUGAGCUAGGGCAUGUCAAGACUGCGCUCUUGAUCCGCAUUGAAGUUGCCAAUGUUGGCGUGAUGAAGGGUGUGCAGAAGCAGCUUGUAGCCAAUGCAGAGGUCAUCCAGCGAAUCGACACAUUUCUCAGGGAAGAGUUUGGGGACUUCUCGGGGCUUCGAAUUGCGCGAUUGCUCAAGGGCAGGCGUCCCUCAAACGAUGGCACUGUGCCGCUGACUGCCGCCGAUCUGAAAUUGCUGAGCGACAAUGACGGUCGUAAUGCAGAUUGCGCCAUCGACGACAGCGCCAGCGAAGACCAGACACUUGUCGACGAUUCCGAAACACGCAAAGAUCCUACCCAACCCAUGAUUGAACGGAUCAUACUGCGAAACAUAGCGCGACAUCAAGCUAUUCAGAUCAAUGCUGCUCUCGGGGAGGACGUAUGGAAAGACGUGGAUCGUCUAGUCGUUAAGGAUAAUGUAGCCGAAGAUCAGUCGGUGCAGAUCAAUUACGGCAUGACAAUAGCAACGUGUCAGUGGCUGUUCGAGCAACGAAAAGGCAUAACGACUCCUGCGCCUCAGUGUGCCACGGAGUAUCGUCGCGAGUUAAGAGGUGGACGCAAUUGA